AAUGGGAUGUCUGUUGUGUUGAGCGUAACGUCACUCACAAAACACGUGACUAUUGUUUUGGACACGUUUUCAUUGAAGCCAUUCAUCAGUUUUUGUCACACAUUUUGUGCCACUAUUUCAUGUGAUUAUCUCUUUUCAUAAUUCGUCGGAUCCGUUGAUUGUUGUCGCAAAAUGUCGGCCAAAGUAUUCAAGAUUGUCCAAAGUCUUCGUGAGCGCUUCCAACACUUCUCACGUAUUUCGUCACAAAUUGCCGAUGAAUUUAAGUGCGGACUGGUCUUCGGUUUUACCGAUUUGUCCGACAAUAAUGUGAGCUAUUGUUUGGGAUGUGUUUGCGGUGACGAUAAGGAGCUGCCGGCGGGCACCGCGUGUCUCGGCGUCUAUUGUCUGACUCCCUCUCCAUCUGAUCAGCAAUUGAUUGAUUUGUGUGUGAAGUCAAGCAAAAGCAAGAAAAGCGGAAAACUUGUCGUUUUGACCACAAUUGACGACCAAAACGACCCGAAGAUCCGCUUCUUUGACAUCAAGUCAAAAGACUUUUGCGAAUGCAGUGACGAAGUGGUCGCCGACGACGAGGCCAUCGAUAAGACUAUUAUUGUUAAACUUAAAGCCAAUAUUGUUUUGAAAUUCAAGACAUCGAUUGAGACAUUUGCAGACAAUUUGAACGAAGAGUUGAAUAAAUCCAAAGAAGAGAUCAAUUCAUAUGAUUUAGAGUUAAUUCAAUCGGGUUUUAAGACCAAUCUCUGCGCUACCGAUAAGUCAUUCAAUUCGACGACAUUAACAGAUCUCUACGGAUAUCUGGAAGAAGAUCCGGAUCUGUUCGAUGGCAUUGAAGUGCCGGCGAAUAUGAAGAAGAAAAUGGUUGAGAAGAUGAGGAAGAAGAAGGCCGCAGAUAAGAGUGUUUUAAGAGAGCAGACAAACAACAAGUUUUGA